AUGCUUCGUGCCGCAGCACGCGUCAAACUCCCUAAAACUGCAGCCCGCCACACACAGCACCCCUCCCAACUACACGCAUACACCGCUGCAACCCUUCAUAUUGCUCGGUGCAAUGGGUCCGAUAUCGCACCUCUCAGCAAGAGAUUUUUUCAAAGACGCGUGUAUAGCCAGCUGGCCAUCGAGUCCAAUAAGAUGGAAGAUGAAUCACUGGAAGAGUUUGCCGACCCAAACCCCAGCCGGAUUGAACAUGCAGUCAUUUCUACCUUCGAUCUAUUCUCCAUUGGCCUAGGACCGUCAAGUUCGCACACGGUGGGGCCUCUUCGGGCCGCCAAAAUUUUUAUACAGGAGCUUCAAGAACUUGGACUGCUAUCCUCCGUACAUACUCUCAAGAUCACAUUAUACGGUUCCCUUGCGGCCACCGGCAAAGGGCAUAUGACUCCGCAGGCCCUGAUGAUGGGAUUUGAAGGUUCAGAUCCAGAAACGAUUGAUACAGGAACUGUCGGCUCCCGUUACGAUACCAUUCUUAACGAUAAAAUCUUGAUCUUGGGUGGCGUUCACCGGAUCGAGUAUGACAUGGAUCGAGACAUGGUCUGGCGAUGGGAUCAGGUGCUUCCGACCCAUCCUAAUGGAAUGCGUUUCUCCGUUUUCAAUGUGGAUGGGGAUUUGCUCGCAACCAAUGAAUACUUCUCGGUCGGAGGAGGGUUCGUGGUGAACGAGAAGACGAAAGUGGAUGAGAAUUUGUUCUACAAGGGGGUAGACAAAUCUCAAGUUUCCCUUUCUCGUUUGUCACAGAACCAUGGAUUAGGCUCCACUCCCCUCCUUGGAGCGCCAGGUUCUGAGGAUGCCGUCAAAGAUGGGAAAAGCAGCCUCUCCGAAUCCGAAACGAGGGCGAAAACUGCUCAACCUUCUUAUCUAUUCCACUCCGGCGCAAGCCUACUCUCCAUGGCCAGAAAGCAUAACCUGACAAUUGCUCAACUUGUCUAUGAGAAUGAGCUCGCUUAUUACACGCAUGAUGAGAUACACGGUAAAUUGAUGAAGAUAUGGGGGGUCAUGGAUAAUUGUAUUCGCUCUGGAGUGUCUAGCCCCGAACUCGAAUUGCCCGGACGCCUUAGAUUGAAGCGACGGGCCCCCAUGCUCUUUUAUCCUGCACUGUAUACCCCCACAUCUAACCCAUCUAUCUCAUCACCCGUAGAAAACAUGCCAUUAAUCGUUGACGCCCAUGCAACCAUUAACUCCAAUUCAGCUCGCGCAGAGAAUUUAUCGGACCCGCCCAAAGUUUCGCCGUAUGGCGAGAUGGCAGUCCCGACUAUGGCGCGUACUCGCCCACCGAGGGUUAUGGGUAGAUUUGAUCAUCCGUUACCCCCUAUGCCACCCCGAAAGGCACUCUUUCCAGGUGUUGAUUUCCUUUCAUGCUACGCCAUCGCGGUCAAUGAGGUAAACGCCAGCGGAGGCCGCAUCGUCACAUCCCCAACUAAUGGUGCAGCGGGUGUCAUACCUGCUGUUUUGAAAUAUAUUGUUGAGUUCCUUUCCGAUGACCCUCAGAGGGAUAUCUCUACUUUCUUGCUCACUGCGGCGGCGAUUGGUAUGCUUUUCAAACGAGGUUCCACAAUUUCUGCUGCCGAAGGCAAGUUCAACUCCUGGUGCCAAGCGGAGGUGGGCGUUGCAUGUUCUAUGGCUGGUUUCUCCGCUUGCAUGGGUGCAUCUCCUGAAAUAAUUCUGCAAAGUGCAGAGAUCGGAAUCGAACAUAAUUUGGGUCUCACCUGUGAUCCCAUAGACGGUCUUGUCCAAGUCCCUUGCAUCGAACGCAAUUCCUUGGGGGCCUCGCAACUGGCGAUGGCCAGUGAUGGAGUGCACUCUGUUACCUUAGACGAGGCCAUUGCUGCCAUGAGAAUGACAGCCCAAGACAUGAGCGAGAAAUAUAAAGAAACUAGUCUUGGUGGUCUUGCGACCACUGUUCGCAUACCCCUUACAUCUCCGGCAUGGUAG